GGCGACCCCCAGACGAUGAGCGGCCAAUCCACGGCGGGCUCAGCUCCAGUGGGCUCCCUUUCCCAGAGGAAGAGGCAGCAGUAUGCUAAGAGCAAAAAGCAGGGCAGCUCCACCAAUAACAGGCCUCCACGGGCUCUCUUCUGUCUCACUCUCAACAACCCUAUACGUAGAGCCUGCAUCAGCCUGGUGGAGUGGAAACCUUUUGAUAUCUUUAUAUUACUCUCAAUUUUUGCCAACUGCGUGGCCUUAGCUGUUUACGUCCCCUUUCCUGAAGAUGAUUCCAACUCCACCAAUCACGACCUGGAAACUGUUGAGUAUGCCUUCCUUAUCAUUUUCACUAUUGAGACCUUUCUGAAGAUCAUCGCCUACGGACUCGUAAUGCACCAGAACUCAUAUGUGAGGAAUGGCUGGAACAUGCUGGACUUUAUUAUAGUAAUAGUGGGGUUGUUCAGCGUGGUGUUGGAGUUGAUAACUACAGAGGGGGAUGGGGGUGCUCAGGCUGGAGGGAAACCCGGUGGCUUUGACGUCAAAGCUCUGAGGGCGUUUCGUGUGCUCCGCCCUCUUCGCCUCGUCUCAGGAGUACCAAGUUUACAGGUAGUGCUGAACUCCAUCAUUAAAGCCAUGGUUCCUCUGCUCCACAUUGCUCUCCUUGUUCUCUUUGUCAUCAUCAUCUACGCCAUCAUCGGCCUUGAACUCUUCAUCGGCAAGAUGCACGCCACCUGCUACCUGAACGGCACAAACACGUUGGCAGAGGAGGAACCCACCCCCUGUGCGCUGUCAGGGCAUGGUCGGCACUGCCCCCUCAGUGGCACUGUGUGUAAGGAGGGCUGGAUCGGCCCUAACAAUGGCAUCACCAACUUUGACAACUUUCUGUUCGCCAUGCUGACUGUGUUCCAGUGUAUCACCAUGGAGGGCUGGACUGAAGUUCUCUACUGGAUGAAUGAUGCCAUGGGGUUUGAACUGCCGUGGGUGUACUUUGUCAGUCUGGUCAUCUUUGGCUCCUUCUUUGUGCUCAACCUUGUUUUGGGUGUUCUCAGUGGAGAGUUCUCUAAAGAGCGAGAGAAGGCGAAGGCUCGUGGAGACUUCCAGAAACUGCGUGAGAAGCAGCAGUUGGAAGAGGAUCUGAAAGGCUAUCUGGACUGGAUCACCCAGGCUGAGGAUAUAGACCCUGAGAAUGAAGAGGAUGGAGAUGCAGAGGGAAAACGCAACCCGAGCAUGCCCGCCAGCGAGACUGAAUCGGUGAACACGGAGAACCCGAACGGGGAUGAGGACAAAGCCCGCUGCUGUGGAACCAUGUGUCAAAAAAUUACAAAGUCAAAGUUCAGUCGACGCUGGCGUCGCUGGAACAGGUUCUGCCGAAGGAAAUGUCGGGCUGCCGUCAAGUCCACGACGUUCUAUUGGCUGGUGAUCCUCCUGGUGUUCCUUAACACACUCACCAUCUCCUCUGAGCACUACAACCAACCUGACUGGCUCACAGAAGUACAGGAUGUGGCCAAUAAGGUUCUGUUGGCGCUGUUCACAUGUGAGAUGCUGGUAAAGAUGUACAGUCUGGGACUGCAGGCCUACUUUGUGUCUCUGUUUAACCGUUUUGACUGCUUUGUGGUGUGCGGAGGCAUCGUGGAGACCAUCCUGGUGGAGCUGGAGAUCAUGUCCCCGCUGGGCAUCUCCGUCCUCCGCUGCGUUCGCCUGCUCCGCAUCUUUAAAGUCACCCGACACUGGGCGUCUCUCAGUAACUUAGUGGCGUCUCUGUUGAACUCCAUGAAGUCCAUCGCCUCUCUGCUGCUCCUGCUCUUCCUCUUCAUCAUCAUCUUCUCCCUGUUGGGCAUGCAGCUCUUUGGAGGAAAAUUCAACUUUGACGAGACACAGACCAAAAGGAGCACGUUUGACAAUUUUCCCCAAGCCCUGCUCACCGUCUUUCAGAUUCUGACUGGUGAGGACUGGAACACAGUAAUGUAUGAUGGGAUUAUGGCUUAUGGUGGUCCUUCCUCCUCUGGCAUGGUCGUCUGUAUCUACUUCAUAAUCCUCUUCAUCUGUGGAAACUACAUCCUGCUGAACGUCUUCUUGGCUAUCGCCGUGGACAACCUUGCCGAUGCAGAGAGCCUGAACACAGCGCAGAAAGAGAAAGAGGAGGAGAGAGAGAGGAGGAAGAGUGCGAGGUAUGUGUUCAUUGAGAUAGUCAGAGGGGAAGAUGAUGAGGAAGAGCCUGAGGUUCCGUCAGGGCCCCGCCCACAGAGGCUGUCAGAGUUGAAUCUCAAAGAAAAAACCCCACCCAUUCCUGAGGGUAGCGCCUUUUUCAUCUUCAGCAGCACAAACCCCAUUCGCGUGGCCUGUCAUCGGCUGAUCAACCACCAGAUUUUCACCAACCUCAUCCUUGUCUUCAUUAUGCUCAGUUCUGUGUCCCUCGCCGCCGAAGAUCCCAUACGCAACUUCUCUGCUCGCAACAUCAUUCUUGGUUAUUUUGACUAUGCUUUCACGGCUAUCUUUACCGUAGAGAUUCUGCUGAAGAUGACGGCCUAUGGGGCUUUCCUCCAUAAAGGGGCCUUCUGCAGAAACUACUUCAACCUACUGGACCUGCUGGUAGUGGGCGUCUCGCUGGUGUCAUUUGGUAUAGAGUCGUCUGCCAUCUCCGUGGUGAAGAUCCUGAGAGUACUUCGUGUGUUGCGGCCCCUCAGGGCUAUCAACAGGGCAAAAGGACUGAAGCAUGUGGUCCAGUGUGUGUUUGUUGCCAUCAGGACCAUUGGAAAUAUUAUGAUCGUCACUACGCUGCUGCAGUUCAUGUUUGCCUGCAUCGGCGUACAGCUCUUCAAGGGAAAAUUUUACAGGUGCACAGAUGAAGCCAAGUCAAGCCCAGAGGAAUGCAAGGGGACAUAUAUCUUGUACAAUAUUGGAGAAACAGCAUUGCCUGUAGUCAAAGAAAGGAUCUGGUACAACAGUGAAUUCAACUUUGACAAUGUUCUCAUGGCUAUGAUGGCUCUGUUCACCGUCUCCACAUUUGAGGGCUGGCCAGCCCUUCUGUACAAAGCCAUUGACUCAAACAGAGAGAACAUGGGGCCCAUCUACAACUACCGUGUGGAGAUUUCCAUCUUCUUCAUCAUUUACAUCAUCAUCAUCGCCUUCUUCAUGAUGAACAUCUUUGUUGGUUUUGUCAUCGUCACUUUCCAGGAGCAGGGAGAGAAAGAAUACAAGAAUUGUGAGCUAGACAAGAACCAGCGUCAGUGUGUGGAGUAUGCGCUGAAGGCCCGUCCCUUGCGUCGGUACAUCCCUAAGAACCCGUACCAGUAUAAGUUCUGGUAUGUGGUGAACUCCACUGGUUUUGAGUACGUCAUGUUUGUGCUCAUUAUUCUCAAUACUCUCUGCCUGGCCAUACAGCACCAUGGCCAGUCUUAUCUAUUUAACUAUGCGAUGGACAUUCUUAACAUGGUCUUCACUGGUGUAUUCACUGUGGAGAUGGUUCUCAAACUCAUUGCCUUCAAACCCAGACACUAUUUUUCCGAUGCAUGGAACACGUUUGAUGCCUUAAUUGUUGUGGGUAGCGUCGUUGAUAUAGCAAUCACAGAGAUCAAUAACACAGAGGACAGUGCUCGCAUUUCCAUCACCUUCUUCCGCCUGUUUCGGGUCAUGCGCUUAGUGAAGCUGCUGAGUCGUGGAGAGGGAAUCCGAACGCUACUGUGGACCUUCAUCAAAUCAUUCCAGGCUCUUCCCUACGUUGCCCUACUGAUAGCCAUGCUGUUUUUCAUCUACGCCGUGAUUGGGAUGCAGGUGUUUGGAAAAAUUGCGAUGGUGGAUGGCACUCACAUCAACCGCAACAACAACUUCCAGACUUUUCCGCAAGCUGUGCUGCUCCUAUUUAGGUGUGCGACAGGUGAGGCCUGGCAGGAGAUCAUGUUAGCCUGUUUGCCGGGGAAGCUGUGUGACUCGGAGUCUGAAUACAACCCUGGAGAGGAGAAGACAUGCGGCAGUGGAUUUGCCAUCGUUUACUUCAUCAGUUUCUACAUGCUCUGUGCUUUUCUGAUCAUAAAUUUGUUUGUUGCUGUCAUCAUGGACAACUUUGACUAUCUGACUCGUGAUUGGUCAAUUCUGGGACCUCAUCAUUUGGAUGAAUUCAAGAGGAUCUGGUCUGAAUAUGAUCCUGAGGCCAAGGGUAGGAUUAAGCACCUGGAUGUGGUUACCCUAUUACGCAGGAUCCAGCCUCCUCUGGGUUUUGGCAAGCUGUGUCCCCACAGAGUCGCCUGCAAGAGGCUGGUAGCUAUGAACAUGCCUUUGAACAGCGAUGGUACAGUCAUGUUUAACGCUACACUCUUCGCCCUGGUCAGAACCGCACUGAAGAUCAAGACAGAAGGGAACCUGGAGCAAGCUAAUGAGGAACUGAGAGCUGUAAUUAAAAAGAUCUGGAAGAGAACCAGCUUAAAGUUACUGGACCAAGUAGUGCCCCCAGCAGGAGAUGACGAGGUGACAGUGGGGAAGUUCUAUGCCACCUUCCUGAUACAAGACUACUUCAGAAAAUUCAAAAAACGCAAAGAGCUCGGCCUGGUGGGAAGACGCGCUGGCAGUUUCAACACCACCAUCGCGCUGCAGGCCGGUCUCCGCACACUCCACGAUAUUGGCCCAGAGAUUCGUCGAGCGAUAUCAUGUGACCUGCAAGACGAGGAGCUGGUAGACUUUAACCCAGAAGAAGAAGAUGAGAUAUACAGGAGGAAUGGUGGACUUUUUGGGAACCAUCUCAACCAUGUGAAUGGGGACCACAGAGGCCCUGUCCUCUUGACCAAUGUCACGCAAAGGCCCUUGCAAGUCUUGUCACCUCCUUACUAUGCCCAGAUGGAGCCUCUCCCCCAUCCACUCUACAACACAAAUCAGGACCCCCACCCAAACCCUGACUUCUCCUACCACAGGUCAUCCAAGCCUUCCAAUACCAACCUAAACAAUGCCAACGUGCCAACAAGCGGUGGGCAGAGAUGGCCCCUCCCAGACCGGCUGUCUGACGGCAGAAUGUCCUCCCUGGGUUCCUACCUCAACCUCAGGAGCGAUGGAGAAUCUCACCUGAAAUCUCCUUUCAGAAGACCGCGCUACUAUGAAGCCUAUGUUAGGUCAGACUCGGCAGCUGGUUGCUACCCCACCAUCCGCAGAGAGGAUUCCGACCACAGUGAUGUGAGUGAUGAGGAGCGUGCUUCAGGAGAGUACUACAGUGGGGAGGAGUUUCAGGAAGAAGACUACAUGUUGCCUGGAGACAGGAGGUCACACAGGGAAUAUCAAGACACUUUUAGUGAGUUUGACCCAGAGACACCCAAAGGCUACCAUCACCCUGAGUGUUGCUAUGACGACGACCAGGAGCAACCCAUUUUCCAGGAAAUCAAAAGAUCCCCAAAGAGACGACUGCUCCUGUCCACUCCGCAGGCUCACCACAAAGCCAGCUUCAACUUCGAAUGUCUGCGGAGACAGAAUAGUGAGGACGAAAUCCCACUCUCCCCGUCAUGUCACCAAUGCACAGCACUACCUCUGCAGCUAAUGCAGCAUCAGGUGAUGGCAGUGGCUGGGCUAGACUCUAGCCAUACCCGACUUUCUCCGACACGCUCAGUUUGCUCCUGGGCCACCUCACCUGCCACGUCCCCAUCCUACGCCCCUCUGAUCCAGGUAGACUGGCACGGCGUGCCACCCAGCAGCAGCAGCAGCCCUGCCACCAUCAGGCACAGCUCCUGGUACUCCCAGGGCCCAGGUCGACCCUCUAGGACAAACUCCCUCUCCCCUGCCUUACACAGACCCAGCCGCAUGCACUCCUCCACGCACCUGCAGAUCCCAGCAGAGUACCCAAGCCAGCAACUCCAGAAGACUGGCAGCGCUAACAGCUUGGUGGAGGCGGUGUUGAUAUCGGAGGGGCUGGGAAAGUAUGCAAAAGACCCAAAAUUCGUGGCAGCGACGAAACACGAGAUUGCUGACGCUUGUGAGCUGACCAUCGAUGAGAUGGAGAGUGCGGCCAGCACACUGCUGAAUGGCACCAUGGGUAACGGGGAGGCGUCAGACUGCACGGGCAUGCCCAGCGGCAACAGGGAACGUAAUCUUCAAGACUACAGUGACGAGGAGGCGGAGCAAGGCAGCAAAUACGAGGAAGACUUGACAGAUGAGAUGAUAUGCAUAACAACUUUAUAG